AUUCUUCUAUGAAAGUAUUUGACAGUGGUUUUGUCAGUGCAAACAUUUCUUGUCCGUUAAUUGAUGGUGUCCGCCAACCUCGACCUAUUAAUAGGUCUGACGUAAAAUGUUCGUCUUGACGUCCGAUAUGCAAAAGAGACAACAGACAACUUGAGUGUCCGCUCUACUUACACGGCUAACGUACACUUCACGUUAGCGGUGUAACAAGAGCCUGAAAGGAAAUGAAAAUUCGAAAAAUGUUAUUCACAACUAAUCUAAGAUGCUUGUCUGUCAAACAAGCUGUUGUUUCCAGUCUGUCACAAUUCAACAUAAAAACAAUCUAGAAAGCGGUUCGAAUUUAAACUCUACCCUGCGCCAGAUCAAAGGAUCACAUGGCUGCAAUCCACUUUCUGCUUAGUUAUCUUUAAUGUUGGUUUGGUUUGGUGUUUGAUGUUAUUCGGGACAUUGAGGCAAAUCUAAUACAAACAACUUGCAGAUAAUUUCUUUAAUUUCUUUUUUAUUUUUAUACACAUUCUGGGAAUUUACCACGAUGUCUUUAUUACAUAUAGCACUCUGAUGAGAAAAUAAGUUAUGUAUACUUACUAUGGUUCAUUCAGUAACGCCAGAAGACGACUGUAAAAUUUUUGAUAGAGCAUUGAAAGCAAAGCGAUUUACUUACCAAUCCAAUAACGCCAAAGUUGAUCCAUGGAAAAAGUUUAAUGUAAAUGGAGGAUGCAACUCAAACAGAAAUCCAUUACUCAAACAACACCCUAGUCAGACAAAACAGUACACAUAUAUAAAUCCUCAUCAAAAUAAAGGAUUUAACUUAGGCAAAGUUUGGAGCAUACGAAAUAAUGUACCCUUCCAAUAUCAGAAAACUAACACUCGUAAAGAUGAUGCACUACCUACAAACCCAUCUAACUAUUCACGAUAUAAUCCCAAUCCAGCUACCUCUCAGAGGAGUGCACAAAAACAAAGUUUCUCCAAAGAUCAACCAAAAGAUAGCGAUAUCUUUCGAGAGAACAAAAGCAAUAUGGUUUCAUCCGGUGGAAAGGGUUUGGACACGUCCACUCGACAAAUGUCUGCACGAACUCACCGUGCUCACAAGCUCCAUCAAGCUCAUUUGAAAUCACGAGGGCUAGGUGAACACGCCACCUCUUCAAGUACCUAUCACAAACAGGACGAUGGCUGGAAGAAAGAGGAGCACAACCGUGACGAUGAAUUCGACUUUUGAUUCUUUCGCACGUUUAAGAAAUGAUUGAACUGUGUUAAACUGUUGAUAACGAUUAAGAUUGUGAAUAUUAAAAAAAGAUGCUAAAUGUCUAUGAAAAGCGUACAACACACGCAUGUAAUUUUACAAAAACAAAAA